AUGUCUAUCAGCGACGAAUACGACUACAUCAUCAUCGGCGCCGGCUUGACCGGUAGCGCACUGGCCGGCCGCCUCGCGCAGAAGGAUGUCCAAGCGCGCAUCCUCGUGCUCGAGGCCGGCUCCUCGGUCGUUGAUCACCCUCUGACAAGCGCGCCAUUGGCUUGCUUCGGCGCCCACUACUCGCCGCUGGACUGGGCGUACAGCACGACGCCGCAGGCGCACCUGGACGGCCGCGUUUGCUACAACAGCGCUGGCAAGGCCGUCGGCGGUGGCUCGGCUACCAACUACGGUACCUGGACGCGCGGAAACGCAGCUGACUAUGAACUCUGGGCUCGCACCGUUGGGGACGCUUCUUGGGGGUAUGAUGGGCUGCUGCCAUACUUCAAGCGCAGCGAGACUAAACUGCCGUUUGGCGAGGCCGACGAGGCCACGCACGGUAAGGACGGGCCCAUCCAUAACAUUACUGCGUCGGCGAGCAGCGCGGAGCGCAAGUAUCCACUGAAGGAGCCGCUGCGGGCCGCUUGGGAACGAGUGGGCGUCUCGGUGGUGGCAGAUGCCAACGCGGGCAAGCCACUCGGGCUCGGCGAGCUGGUGGAGAACUGGAACCAGGGCAAACGGCAGUUGUCGAGCGAGGCCUAUGGUUUGCGCCAGCUGCAAAAUGUCGACAUUGUGACCGAGACACUGGUCCAGAAGGUGUUGACGGAGACGCGCGACGGCCAGCUCACGGCUUCAGGCGUCGAGACGGUCGACGGACGCACAUUCACUGCUCGCCGCGAAGUCAUCGUGUCGGCCGGUGCCUAUCGCACACCCCAAGUGCUGCUGCUGUCGGGCAUUGGACCGCGCGAGGAGAUCGAGGCCCACGGUCUGACGGCGGUGGUGGAUGCCCCGGAAGUCGGCCGCAACUUCCACGACCACUUCUCCUUCAAUCAAUGGUGGAAGGUCAAGAACCCUGAGCAGGGGCUGUCUCUGGGCACAGCGCAGUGGAGUAGCCCGGCCUACGGCCUGGGUCUGCCCUGCGACUGGAAUGCGACGGUGCAGACACCACGCGCAGAUCUGGAGCGCGCGCUGAAGAUCGACGGCGAGUCGGUCGACGGCCACCCCUACCUGGCACCAGACUUCGCCCACGCCGAGACUCUGAUUGUGUAUGCGCCGGCCGGAGCUCAAAUCUCCGGGGUCGACGUGCCCAUGGAUGGCACGCAUAUCGGAACGGCGGUGCUGGGUAUGGUGCCCACGUCGCGCGGCCGCGUUACUCUGGCAUCGGCAGAUGCGCAGACGCCGCCGCGCAUUGAUCCCAACUACUAUGCCACUGAGGUCGACCGGGCAGUGCUGCGCGCGACCAUUCGACAAGUUGCGAAGGUUCUAACCGGAACGCUUGAGGGCCAGGCCAUCGUCGAGGGGGAACUGGCACGACCCGGCUUCGCGGCUAUCCAGGAGAAUUCAUCGGACGAGGCGAUCGAUGCAGUUGUCAAGCACGGCGGCCAGACCUUCUACCAUCCGGCCGGAUCGGCAGCCAUGGGCAAGGUUGUGGACACGCAGCUGCGCGUCAAGGGUGUGCAGGGACUGCGCGUGGUGGAUGCCAGUGUGAUGCCAGUCCCUGUGACGGGACAUUAUCAGGCAAUCCUCUAUGCUAUUGCCGAGAAGGCGGCCGAUUUGAUCCUGGGCUAA